AUGUCAGCACUUAAAGGCUUAUGUAGCUCUUUAAUCAAAAUGAAAAACUCUCCAAUAUCAAGCUUAUGCAGUGAAAAUUGUUUAAAACUAUUUUCAAUAAAAAAAACUGUUCACGUAGAUCUAUUAUCUUACCUUGAAUUUAUAGUAGAUUAUUUAUCAUGCUCAAAAAAUGUUUUAGCUAUUUCUUACUCAAUCCUAGAAUCUCUCUCAAAAAAAAAUCCUACAUUUCACAUUUCUGACGAAAAUAUCCAGAGACUUAUUUUUAUUUCUAUUGUGAUUGCAAUGAAAUUUGCAGAAGAUUACCACAUAUCUAAUGCGAAAUUUGCUAAAAUUGGUGGUAUUAGGUUAAAAGAACUAAAUAAUUUAGAAAUUAUUUUACUUACAAAUAUAGAUUGAAAAAUAUGAAAUGACGACAGUGAAAAGCACUGUAAAGAAUUAAUUGAAAAUUGAGAAAAUUAUAAAGAACUUGGCGAUGAGAAAGAUGAGGAUACGGAUUAUUCUGAUGAAGAAAACACUGGGAGCUUCGAAGAGUUGACCAACUUUUCAGAACUCAGUGACUUUUUCUUUACCAAUAAUGACAAAAUGUAA